AUGAUGGCAUCUACAACGAAAGCCGCCCAAUUUGAAGGAGAUGCCCUGUGGCCUUUGGCAUGGAAAGAGUCGUUUGGAGAACAAACGAUUCGCCAACGAUCUUAUGGUGCUACUGACACGACUACUACUGCUACUACCUUGUUUUGCAGUUGGUUCUGCCCAUUUGCCCAGCGAGCUUGGAUUGCUCUCGAGGAAAAGGAUGUUCCCUACCGUUAUCAAGAAAUUAAUCCAUACGAAGUGGAUCCUACUGAAAUUGGAGGAUACACCAAGAAACCACUUCCAUUGGAGGAGAAAGGAAAGAAAUAUCCUGGAUUUCUCGACUGUUCUCCUCGAGGCUUGGUGCCUGCCUUACAAGUUGACGGGGAGGAUCAUACCGAGAAUGUGGAACGAGUUUGGGAAUCCCUACCCAUUAUAGAAUACAUUGAUGAACGAUUCGAAACCGAUGCCUCUCUCAUGCCCAAGUCUCCCAUUCAAAGAGCACAAGCUCGAAUCUGGGCCGAUUUUGUCACGGCCCGAGUCCAAAAAGCAUAUUACACCAUGCUGAUGGAUCAAGAUCCUGAUGGUCAACAGAAAGCCAAGGAUAAUUUUCGAAAGGAAGUCGCCACCUUUUCGAAUGCCAUGGCGCCACUAUCGGAAGGACCUUACUUUUUUGGGUCUCAUUUUACAUUAGUGGAUAUUGCCUUGGCACCGUUUUGGCAGCGAUUCUUGUGGGUGGGAAAGCAUUAUCGUGGGCUUGAUGUGGAUGGAGAGGAUGCCACGGAUCGUGUCAAGGAAUGGUGGAAGGCAGUCUCCGAGCGACCGUCGGUCCAACGAACCAUGGUGGGAAAAGAGCGACUCAUUGCCAGUUACAAGCAGUACAGUACCAAUGAAGGGACAUCAGAUUAUGCACAAGGAGUACAAUCCGGAUUGACGAGUAAGAAACGACAAAAGACGACCACAACGACCGCUGGAAACUAA